GCUUAUUUGGAGUCCUUCUACAAGUUCUGCAAAGACCAGAUCGGGGGCAUCACCGCCGAUGUCAUGUGCGAGAUAUUGGCCUUCGAGGCGGACAGGCGUGCGUUCAUCAUAACGAUCAACUCGUUCGGCACCGAACUGUCCAAAGAGGACAGGGCUAAGCUGUACCCGAAUUGCGGCAAACUAUACCCGGACGGGUUGGCAGCCCUGGCCCGCGCCGACGACUACGAACAAGUGCGCUCUGUGGCCGAGUAUUACGGAGAGUACAAAGUGCUGUUCGAAGGCCAGGGCCAGUCUGGAGGGGCGGCCGGCGGUGAGGACAAGACCCUGGAGGACAAGUUCUUCGAGCACGAGGUGAGC